CACGUAUGUACGCGUAUCUGGCAUUGAAGAGUGUGCACCUCUGGGUGCUUUUCUGGCAUCACUGGUGGAAUAGUUUGAUGUGUUCUCGAAAUUUCAUAAACUUUAUAAUGAAAGAUGUUGUGUGAAAAAUACAGUAUUGACUAAAUGCAAAUACUAUUCUUAUUAUACAGAAUAAUGUGUUAAUUCCAUUGAUCGAUAUUAUGUGUUUAUUUUGCGAAAAUUUAAACAAAAUAACAAAACGUUGAAGAUUACAAACGAUAAAUUGUAAUUUAGAUACGUGGAAAAUAAAGAUUUUGUUUGGUUAUUUUCUUCUAAAUAUAUAUAAAUAAAGACACAGAUAUAUGGUAAUAAACGCAUAGUGUUUUGAUGCGUGACUUUUGUAUCGUGUUUAAAGUUAUUGAGAUUAAAAUAAGAAAACGAUAGAUAUGGCCGACGAAAAACUUUCGAAUCAAGUAGAAGAUCAGGAAUUAAAUGAUUUAUUGGAUAGUGCUUUAAAAGAUUUUAUCAAAGAACAACAAGUAAAUAAGGAUGAUGCUAGCAAAAUAGAUACUUUAGAGUCUACGACAGAAAAUAAUUCCGUUGAAACUGUAGAGGAUGAUUGGACUACAAAUUUCAUGAAAGAUACAGCGGAGCAAUUUGAGGAGCAUCUACAGAAUUUAAUUAAAAAUGGAAAUGAAAGCGAAUUUGGAGAAUUUGUUGAAAAUUCUUGUCGAAGAGUGGCGCAAACAAUUGCAAGCGCGAUGACGGACGAAAAGAACGCCGAUAAGGAUAGCGUGAGUACAGAUUUUCAAUCUGCCAUUACACGAGCAUUGAACGAUCUGUCGGCAACAUCUGAAAAUUUACAGAGCGAAGCUGAUUUAUCUGAAAUGCUUGGACAAGCAUCUUUGGAGGAUAAUCCUGGUGCUAUUUUUUCAAUUAUGCAAGGGAUGCUGCAACAUUUGUUAUCAAAAGAAAUUUUGUAUCCGUCAUUGAAGGCAUUAACGGAUAAGUAUAGAGAAUGGUUCGAAGAAAAGAAAACAACUAUAUCGUCCGGUGAUCUAAAAAGGUUUAAGAAACAGUUAGAAUUGAUGCAACAGAUAUGCUCUGAACUCGAAAAAGAGAAAGACGAAGACACGGAAGAAACAAAAAAAAAUCGUUUCGAAAUGGUGGUAUCGCUUGUGCAAGAGUUGUUAGGGUAUGGACGAUUACCAAAAGAACUUGAAGGAGAGCAUGCAAUGCCUUUUCAAACUGAUGCUGAAGGCGACCCUAUUAUUCCCGCGUUACUUCGUGGUAUGGAGUCGCCACAAAAUUGUCGUUUGAUGUGAAUCAAUUUUCGUAAUUAUUUAACUCGCGGGAAGAAAUUGUACAUUCUUAUUGUAUGUGAAUUUGAUAAGCGGGAAACUAAUACAUUAUUAUUCUGAACACUGUUAUUGUCGAAAAGAAAUUGUGUUUGUGUGUAUGUCUAUACAUGUAUAUAUAUAUAUAUAUAUAUAUAUAUGUGUGUGCGUGUAUAUUUAUUUUCUGCCUCAACGGCUAAGACAAGGAUUUGGUUUUAUACAUAUUUAAACAUAUCUACUUGCUUACCUCAUUCUAUUCUCACCCAUCGUAUAUUACACUUGCGUAGAUUUCACACCAACUUAUUAUACAUUAAUAACUUCACGAAAUUGAAUUUGUAAAUAGAAACGGACUUUCUACACGGAUUUGUGUAAUCGUGCACAUAUUUAUCUAUAUGUUAUACAAUGCAUAUAUACAUAUAUUCAACCAUACGUAUACAUGUAUAAAUGGAUAUACAUACUAUAUAUAAAUGUUAUUAGAAUGGUAUUAUUUCUAGAUCCAUUUUUUGU